AUUAUAUUACUAUAAAAUUUGAAAAAACAAAAAACAAGAAAUUUUUUUGACGACGAAAUAACUCCAAACAAAAAAACAAAAGAAAAAGAAAAAAAAGAAAAGACGAAGCAUCCACAUUCCACCCCCUAUAAUUCAAAACUCUCUCUCUUUUUACUCAAAAGUCAACUCUCCUUCAAUUUCACCCUUCACUCUCCUUUCUUCCACGCCUCUUUCUCCCUCUCUCUCUCUCUCUCCUUCAACUACCUCUUCUUUCUCUCUCCUCCAUUUUUCUCAUUUCAUCUUUCCUUCAUUCUUCAGCUAUGAAAAUCGGAGUAUAAUCUAAACUUAUCUAAUCUUAAAUCUCCAUUUUUUUUCAUCACCAUCUUCAUAACUGUAUAAUACCCACUUCAAUAUAAACACCCCCCAAUAAAAGAAACCCAUUUUUUUUUUCUCUUUCCUCUGAUUUUUUUUUUUUUUAAGUUUAUAAAGAAAUGGGUAAUGGAAUUGGGAAAAUCGGCGUCUGUUUCACGGGCUCCGGCGAUGGUCGUCGGGCCCAUAAGCAUGAAUCCGGGAUGUACAUGGACCAGUACGACGAGGGAUUGGGCCAUUCCUUCUGUUACGUUCGGCCCGAUCCGGCCCGACUGUCUAACCCGACGGGCCCGGCGUCGUCUAAGAUCCAUUCCGAGGAGUAUGCCGCCGGAGUUUCGAUAUUCCGGUCGAUCUCCGGCGCUUCUGUGUCGGCGAACACCUCGACUCCGCUGUCCACCGCCUUCGUGGCGGACCCCACCGCCACGUCAGCCACCGCCGCCUUCUUCGAGAGCUCCACCUCCUUCGCCUCCGUACCACUCCAGCCCAUCCCACGCGGGUCGUCCUCAAUAAACUCAGGCCCGCUUUCCGGCCCGGUAUUCGUCGAUCGCGGGUUCAUGUCCGGGCCCAUCGAGCGAGCCGGGUUCCUAUCCGGCCCGCUCGAUCGGGCUGGUCCGGCCCUCUUCUCCGGCCCGCUGGACCGGAGCUUGUCAGUUCAGGGUACCUGGGCUGGGCUAAAGCCCAAGAAGAGGCCCGGGUCUCUGAUCCGUGGGCUACGACAUGCGAUCUCUAAGACGUUCGGGCAGAGCUCGGUUGCCCCGGUCAAGGGAAACGGCGGCGUCGGGCAUGAUAAUUGGGUUGUGGGUGGGCCUGGGCCUGUGGUCGGGCCUGAGGUGAGUGGGAGCUUGAACAUGAGCUCAGAGAUGAGCUUGGGUGAGAGUGAUUCAUGGGAAAGUCAGAAUCUUCAGUGGGCACAGGGGAAAGCAGGGGAAGAUCGAGUACAUGUGGUUGUAUCAGAAGAACAUGGUUGGGUUUUUGUUGGGAUUUAUGAUGGAUUUAACGGUCCUGAUGCAACUGAUUUCCUUCUAUCAAAUUUAUACACUAAUGUUCAGAAAGAGCUCAAAGGUUUAUUAUGGGAUGAUAAUAGUAAGUUUGAUUUAUCUUCUUCAUCAUCAACUCUUCCAAUUCAUAGUUGUUGUUGUUCUUCUGAGAGUAGCAGUAACAGUAGUAGAAGUAGUAUCAGUAGCUCAGAUAUUGAGACUUAUGACUUUUUUGAGAGAGAAACUUAUGCUGAAAGUAGUGCCAAAUCGAAUAGUAAUAGUACUAAAAGAGGAAAGAAUUCGUCGAAAACUAAUUUUAAAGGGGCAACCAAGAAAUGGGAAGAGAAUCAAAGGAGAUGGAAGUGUGAGUGGGAUAGAGAAAGAGUUGAGCUUGAUCGGAGGUUAAAAGAGCAAUGGAAUAGGAACGAUUCCGAGGGUAAAACUAUUAAUCAUUCUGAUGUAUUAAAGGCAUUAUCGCGUGCUUUGAAGAAGACGGAGGAAUCAUACUUGGAUAUUGCAGAUAAGAUGGUGGAUGAAAAUCCGGAGUUAGCUUUAAUGGGUUCUUGUGUUCUUGGUAUGUUGAUGAAAGGGGAGGAUGUUUAUUUGAUGAACGUAGGCGAUAGUAGGGCGGUUUUGGCUCAAAAUAAAGAGCCUGAUCUUAGACUUGGCAAGGUUGAUCAAGACUUGGAAAGGAUCAAUGAAGAAUCAAUGUAUGACUUUGAAGUAUCAGAUGGUGUCAAACCUAGUCUUAGAUCGUCUCAACUUACUAUUGAUCAUAGUACUUCUGUUGAAGAGGAAGUACAAAGAAUAAGAGAUGAACACCGAGAUGAUGCCUUUGCUGUUGUUAAUGAUCGCGUCAAAGGUUCAUUAAAGGUCACUCGGGCCUUUGGUGCUGGUUUUCUCAAACAGCCUAAAUGGAACGAUGCGCUUUUGGAGAUGUUCAGAAUCGACUACGUUGGGACUUCACCAUAUAUCAGUUGCCUCCCUUUCAUGUAUCACCACAGAUUAGGCCCAAAGGAUCAGUUCUUGAUAUUAUCCUCUGACGGUCUUUACCAAUACUUCACGAACGAGGAAGUCGUUGCUGAAGUGGAGCUCUUCAUCUCAUUGUACCCGGAAGGUGACCCUGCUCAACAUUUAGUUGAGGAAGUUCUGUUGCGUGCAGCAAAGAAAGCUGGUCUAGAUUUCUAUGAGUUGCUAGAAAUACCUCAAGGAGAUCGACGCAGGUACCAUGACGACGUCUCAAUCAUCAUCAUUUCUUUUGAAGGCAGGAUAUGGAGAUCAUGUGUAUAAGAUUCUACAAAUGGUACAAGAUGUAGAGAAAAGCUAGGAGAAAAUAGCAAAAAGAAAAAAAAAGGCCAUUGAAUCAGUUUUAUCCUUGUCACCCACAUAACAGUCCAGCAAAACCUUUAGAAAAGGGCUAAAUAUGGUCAGUUAUAUUAUUGGCAAGGUGAUAAUAGGAAAUGUAUAGACAUAAAAGAGGUAGGUUAUUGCUGAGGGAAACCAUUAUCUUGAUAAUUUUUUUAAAAAAGGUGUAAUUGCUGAAUAAAUUUGGUUCAAAUAUAUAAAAAUUUUGUUCAUUAUCUUCUA